ACUCAAGUCAAGUAGAGACCCUAAAAAAGCUGAGAAACUGCAACAAUUGUACUUUCUCUUGCACACCAGGAAUAAAUAUUCCGGUAUCUAUGCCGUCCAAUAGAAAAGCCCACAUCAAACGGGCGAUCCUUUUUUACCGUAUCACGAUAUCAUUUCUUAGAUUCAUACAACGCCAGAAAUCCAAGCGAUAUUAAAUUCAUUUAUUUAAAUCUUUUACCUCGUCCGAUAAAUUCGAGGAACGCACGUAUAAAACAUCUUUUUCAUUUCAUUUCUCAUCAUCUAUCUCCUCUCUCUAUAUUUUCUCUCCAAUAUUUUAUACUAGUAUUAUUUUAUACUCCCGUUUAGCAAUGAACAACAGGAAAAACGUGUACGCUGUUUACAACAUUAAUGUGCUUCUCGGAGUCGAGGUGCUUGCAUGGUUGCUCACGUCCCGCCGGCUCCGCCGUCUUCCGCCGCUUUUCGCCGUCGCCGUCGUGAUCUUACUAGGAGUCUUCGCUUUCAUUUCCUUGCUCUCCCCUCCCAUCACCAAUCACCAGCUUUACCACACCAAUCGCCGCUCGUUAAACACGGUUCUCGGGGCACGAGCGAAUGUCCAAAAUGAGAUUGUUUUUCGUGUUCCGAAACAUGGAGGGAGUUUGAUUCAUGAGUUGUGGAGCUCCAGCAACUCGAAAUAUUACUAUGGUUGUAGCAACUCCAGUCAGGAUUUUCGACCGGCUGAGUUGAAGACAAACCCUGAUUGGUACUUGAUGAUCGCGACGAGUGGAGGACUGAAUCAGCAGAGAACGGGGAUUAUAGAUGCUGUUGUUGCGGCCUAUAUAUUAAAUGCAACCCUUGUUGUUCCAAAUCUAGACCAGAAUUCCUAUUGGGAGGAUAAAAGCAAUUUCUCGGAAAUCUUCAAUAUUGAUCGGUUUGUUUCGUAUCUCUCAAAAGAUGUCAAGAUAAUCAAGCAACUUCCAGAAAGGGAAGGGAAUGUCACAUUUCCGCAUCAUAUGCGUGUACCAAGAAAGUGCAAUUCAACCUGUUAUGUUAAUCGUGUAUUACCUGUUCUUAAAAAGAAGCAUGUUGUUCAGCUAACCAAGUUUGAUUAUAGGCUGUCAAAUCAGUUGGAAAGUAAUCUGCAGAAGCUGCGAUGCAGAGUCAAUUACCACGCUUUGAUGUUCACUGAUUCAAUCCUUCAGAUGGGUAGGAAAUUGGUCGAAAGAAUGAAGAUGAAAAGCAAGGAUUAUAUUGCCUUGCACUUGAGGUUUGAAUCUGAUAUGCUUGCGUUCUCUGGAUGUGAUUAUGGUGGAGGAGAGAAGGAAAGAAUAGAGCUAGGUGCAAUGCGCAAGAGGUGGAAAACCUUACAUAAAAGUAACCCUGACAAGGAACGGAGACAAGGAAAAUGCCCACUAUCUCCUGAAGAAGUAGGUCUUAUGCUGAGGGCACUGGGUUUUGGCAGUGAUGUUCAUAUUUAUGUGGCAUCUGGCGAACUAUACGGAGGCGAGGAGACCUUGGCACCGCUAAAGGCUAUUUUUCCUAAUUUCCAUACAAAAGAGACUAUUGCAACCAAAGAAGAACUAGCACCAUAUUCAGCCUUUUCUUCUCGAAUGGCAGCACUAGACUUUAUAGUUUGUGAAGAGAGCAGUGUUUUCGUCACCAAUAAUAAUGGUAACAUGGCAAGAAUGUUAGCUGGAAGAAGGAGAUACUUUGGCCACAAACCAACAAUUCGCCCAAAUGCAAAGAAACUAUCUCAGCUGUUUAAAAAUCGGAAUAGCAUGGCAUGGGAAGAAUUUUCUUCAAGAGUCCGGACUUUACAAAUCGGCUUCAUGGGUGAGCCAAAUGAGGUUAGGCCUGGCAGGGGAGAGUUCCAUGAAAAUCCAUCAUCAUGCAUAUGUAAAUACCCAAAUGCUAAUCUGUGGGAAGAUUCAAUUUCUCGGACGCAAGACACCAUUGGCAAUAAGUACAGCCAAGGAUUUGAUACAAACAAGUUAACUAGUGAAGAUUUUGAUGAGCAGUUAGCCGAGGAUGAGCAUGACAUAUUCGACCAUCUUGAUCAUACAGAUAAUAAAAAACUUCUCUAGAGGCAGUGUUGCUGAAGAGAAGAUACUGAUCCUGAUCUUCUCGUCAUUGGAGCAACCGCUUCAGAAUAACAGUCAUCAUCAAGAUUCGAAGAAAACAAGGGCCAUUUCGCUUAUCAAAUUUUCUUUAAAAUCUUUGUUCAGAACAAGUAGUCUUUGCUGGUUUAUUUUUACCAGGGCUGCUAUUAUUAGAUUAGCACAGAAAAAAGCUGUAUACAAAGUUUGAAUAGCUGAUAUCAAUUCUUUAGUCAUUAGGGUGCAGUCCUGAGGUAAAAACUGAGCUGCCCAAUGUAGUCUUGGUUGAUAUCAUCAUGUUCAUAUUCCAAAUAUAUGCAGAAACUUCCAUCAG